AUGGUGGUGCGCUGUGACCAGCUCCGGGACGGCUGGGAAGGCCUGGCAGGGAAGGUGGUGGCCUCGGCUCUGGCAGCCAGCGCCAUAAGCCCCACGGACCGCCAAGCCAGCACGCGAGAAAACAAGGAAACCAAUCGUGUCUUUCAUAGUGAAGAAACCACUAAAAAUGUGUAUGAAGAAAUCGCAGGGCCAAUCAUCAGCUCUGCCAUACAAGGCUACAAUGGUACUAUAAUUGCCUAUGGGCAAACUGCAUCAGGAAAAACACAUACCAUGAUGGGGUCUAAAGAUUGUUUGGGAAUUAUACCCAGUGCAAUUGAAGACAUUUUCAAAAGGCUUGAGAAAAUUUGUGAGAGAGAAUUUCUCCUACGGAUUUCUUACAUGGAAAUAUAUAAUGAAACCAUUAUAGAUUUACUAUGUGAUGAUCAAAAAAUAAAACAUUUGAAAAUUCGGGAAGACAGCAAUAGGAACAUCUAUGUUCCUGAUCUCACCGAAGAAGUGGUUUAUUCUGGAGAAAUGGCUUUAAAAUUCCUCGCCAAAGGAGAAAAGAAGAGACAUUAUAGAAGAAGCAAUAUGAAUCAAAAGAGCAGUCGAUCACAUACCAUUUUUAGGAUGAUUUUGGAACUCGGGGAAAUAGAUGAGUCUUUCAAUACUGAUGGCACUAUCAAGGUGGCUCAUCUGAAUUUUGUGGACCUUGCAAGCAGUGAAAAAACUCCUCAAACAACUGAUGGUAAUGUGAACUUGUUAAUAUCUGACCAUUUAUGUUAA